AUGAUGAAGGAGUUUCUCCGAUAUACACUACUAGGCCUCCUAGCUCAGAGCUCUCACGGCUUUCUAGCACCUAGGUCCGAGCAGCAAGCCAAAUAUCGCAUCCCAAGCAACAAAACCAGUAUAAUUCCUCACAGCUACAUAGUCCGCCUCCAUGACAAUCACACCAUCGAGGAUCAUUAUGCCAACAUCGGUGUCAACAUCAGCGAUGUGGCAUCAGAAUUCAACUACCUGGCUCCUUUGGAUCUCUAUUACUUCCAGCUUGAGGCACAGAACUCAACUCUGAUACAUGAACUCAUCCGACGAGAUCCCGGUAUCAAACGAGUAGGGCACGAUUAUUAUGGGGAGACCGAAAUAGAUCCCAUUCAUCACAAUCCCGAUGGCUCUGACCACGGUGGUUCAAGUUCCAAGCAACCUGUCGAUACCCCUGCAGUAAGUAAGAGGUGGGACGAGAUGUUUUUCAACGCUCAAUGGCACCUAGCAAUGAUUGGAUUGUGGAACAAGAUAAGGCUGAAAGGGGAUACAGUAUACCCACAUGCUGACUUUAGAAUCCCGUGGUUAGAAGAUGCUGGAAAAGGUGUCAACAUCUACAUUUUCGACUCUGGCAUUCGGCUUAGACUGUCUGCUUUUGGCAGUCAAGACGGCAAAAUGUGGAAUCUUAACAGCUUAAAAGAGGAAGACAAAGCCCCUUACUGCGACAACGAGACAAUGAGAGAUACAGAAGGGCAUGGUACCAAAGUAGCAGUCGUCGCCGCUGGAUACAACAAUGGAAUGUUGAGCCCCGCGUGGAGGGCUAACCUCGUGUCUGUGAAAGUGAAGUGUAAGCCGAACGGCGGAGGACGGCUUUCCCAAAUCCUUCGAGCCGUUAGUGAUGUUAUCUCAGAGCACAAGAAAUAUUGGGGGAGCCCGCCCGACGGCUGGAGAGGCUCUGUGAUCAAUGUCUCGAUGGGAUUUCCGAAGCACGCAACAGAUCCCGACUUCCAGUACGCCUGGGACGCAGCAAGGGCAGCCGGUAUUCCAAUAGCAGCAGCAGCAGGCAACACUGGAGAGAAUUGGCUACACGCCCCGGCCAGAUUCAAGUCUACAUACAGCGUGGGCGCCAUUGACGCGCGCUAUCAGCGAUGGGAACAAUCCCAUUAUCAUCGCAAACUCAACGUUUUCGCACCGGGAGUUCGUGUGCCCACUGCAGAUCAUAUAACAGGAAAGCCGAUAACAGGAGAUGGGACUAGUCUGGCAUCUCCACUGGUUGCUGGAGUUAUGGCUAUGAUGGUUGGGUAUGAAGGUGCGUGGAACAUACCUGAUGGUAAGAAUAUCUAUGCCAGGUUAGAUGCCAACCUCGUGCCGCUGGUCACAAUGGACGAGAAUAUGACCAAGGCAGGUGUCGAACCAAACCUCAUCAACACCGGCUUCUUCAACCCCGACAGGGAGUUUGAUCGGCAUCCUUAUGCCGGAAUCCCCUGGACAGAACCCCCUGAGAUUGGUCCCGGGUCAUUCCUUGAUAAGAGGCAGGGAAACCCAUACGACAAACAGCGCGGCGACUAUUGGAACAAGAACUACUACGACGGUCCACAACACACCGUUGAAUUCGGCAAGUUGCAAUGA